AUGGAAAAAGUAAGUCAGUGGGCAGACCACAUAAUCAACCAUUUUUGGUACUGCUGCGAAAUGGCCUCCAAAGAAACUAGCAGUGAUGAAGAGGCUCUAAGGAAGAUGAAGGUAAUUUGCACAUAACCUGCAGUCAUUCCUCUCGCAAACCUACUUCAGAGCUAAAAAUAUAUUUUAUUUAGGGUUUUACUGUUCUACACUUUCUGGUAAAUAUAAUUUAAUUUAUCGUAAUAGUCCAGUCUGCUAACCUUUUUUUGUUUUCCAUGAUCACUUUAUAAUUUAUGAAUAUGAAUGUGCUUGUUGACCAAUGAAGUAACUUUGUUCAAGCCAAAAUAUUGAGAACUAAAACAAGUAUACUUGAAAAAAUAUUAUGAACAAAUAAUCACAAAAGAAACACAACUAAGAAGGGCAGAUAGACAUGUCAUGUUUGGCAGCUCUAAAAUGGGGCACAUGGUCUCACACAUUUAAAAAAAUCUCUAUUAAGUUGACGAGUAUCCCUCUUUUUUACAGUAUACUAAUGCACAUCAAUGUUUCUCACUAUGCAGGAUAAAUGGAUUGGCCUAUUGCACCAUGUCUGCAAUGACCAUGAUUGGCCUGGAGGGAGCUGUGACCAUGGUGAGUUACCUGAAGACCAUUCUCUACCAUGGUUUGACAGGAGAGCAAAGGAUUUCAAAGCACUGCAAAAGAUCAUUCUUGACCCUGCCCUGCUGGAGAGUUUCAAGUCAAUUACAUUAAUAUAAAUUCAGGUGAACAUGGAGUUUAACUUCUCAUUUCUCUCUUAUAUGCAGGGCUGUCACUUAGAUUUCAAGAUGCAGGGUACAUGCUAUUAGUACGCAAGGACUUAAACAGCUAUGAAGUUCUUUUGGGUUUAUUUGUUUGUUGGUUCUGUUGGACAUGCUCAUACACUGUAGUGACAGCCCUAUCUAAGUGAACAGUAUCAGUGGAAUCCAUUGAAAAUAAAACCUGUGCUGUGGUCUUUCAUUUAUUGAAUGAGGUUUGUGGUAUUCAUUGCAAAUAUUAGAGUAGUAAAUUAAGAUAUUUUUCUUUUCAUUUCUUUAGACACACUGGUGCUUUGGAGUGUGCUAAUAGCAUGUCUCUUAUGUACACAUCUAAGAAAGUGUCAUUCACGUAAGUCACAUCAUUAUUUCACUGGAAUUUUUUUUUUUUUAUCUUUGUGCAGCAUGGUUUAAGCCAACAGUUAAAUGUGUUAUUCAUAAAUGAACGGCAAUAAAUGACACCAUGUCAUAUUUGACCUGCAUUGUGUAGAGGUCAUAUAAAAUGUUUAUGUUAAAAUCCUCCUUUGGGCUGUUAAACUGCUCCAUAACAACAUUAUAAUUUUAUUUCUUGUUAUUCGUGUGUCUGAGCAGCUGGGUUCAUUUACUAGCAAAUGAUCUGGAUUGGAGAACUUACUUUUGGACAUUCUCUUGGUAUUUUUUUUAGUGGUUUUAUACACCUAAAAAGAUUGUGUGAAGUUUUAUCAUAAUCACUAUUUCAACUUAUUGCAAGGUACAGCUGUAGCUUAUCUUGCAUGUUCCCUGUUAUAUAGAAUUUCUUAAUGUGACAUAUUCCAUAACUUCUAGGAAAAAGGUUUUCAGAGCAAGGAAGAAGUUGACUGCUAUAGAUUGGAACUACCACAAAUGA